AUGGCUGUCAUUCCUUCACAUUCCCCGUCAGCAGCGCUCCAAGGACGUAUCCUCCCUCAUCUCAUUCGAACGCUACCUCCAUCCGCUACGCAGAUCCCAGUUGGUCCCCACGCUGAAUAUCCUAUCUCCCCGGAGCAGCUCUCGAACCUGCGUAUAAUCCUCCGUAUACUUGCGAGCCAGUCAUUGGUCAAAGUCACCGAGCUUCGAUCCUCUCAAUAUGCCAUAGAUUCCUCAAACCCGUCCUCCAGACUCCCUCAUCCUCCAACUUUACCCUUACAACUUCUUCUCCGUAUCCCUGACCAUCACCUCACUGUUGAAACCCUUCUCGAUUGUAUCAUCGCAUAUCGUAAUCUUCCUUCUGUCGUCAACAGCGUUGUGGAGCGGGUACCGGCUCAAACCAUAGAGGAAUUUCGAGAGGUAGUCACGUCAAUCACUAUGCGGCUGGCAAGUUUUGCUUCGACGAAGACCAAGCCCAACGGUACCAACGGGGAGGAAAGUGACUUGGCAAGGAUAGGAAGAGCGGUGAUAACUUUGCUGAGUAUAGUUCGCUCACACCCUCUUCUCCUCGCUCUUGUUCUGGAAGAAGCAUCCGGUGUCUUUCCUUCUCUAGGCAGGAUCUAUGCGGCCUUGAACGACCUUUCGACGGACGGGCAGGGAGGGGUAAGAAUUUUGGUACUUCAAAUCAAAGAAUAUCUCCUAUCCCUUGUUCACACUUUACUAGACAAAGUAAGAAACCAGCCAACGAGCUAUACAACACUCAAGUCACUCAUCACCAUUGGCUCAGAAGAAGGGAGGACGUUGUUGGACAUGGGUCUCAAAGGCGAUUAUGAGGCUAUCUUCGAGCGUGGGGAGAUUGGAGAUGAGGAGAGGGAGAUAUUGCACAGUUUGAGGGAAGUUGUGACUCAAGACCCUAGAGUCGAGGUCGUUCUCUCCCUUUUUCCUCACCUUCCGCCAAAGAUGAUCGUGUCAGCCCUCAAUCAUCCUCGUUACUCCUCUUCGUCUUCGUCCCACAGCCCAGAGGAGGCUGCCGCGCCCCUCAUCGAGGCAAUUCUAGGAGGCGGGAUAGACCUGCCUCCUGAACUGGCGGAUCUCAAAGCCACUUUGUGCCGAGACUUGGGGCCAAACGAGGGACGCGCUGGCGCCGUUUCGGCAUCGGUGACAAACAACGCAGGCAGUGACGGACAGAGGGAGAAGGAGAGAAAAGACGAGAGGAGAAACAUAUGGGAUGCUGAACUGGACAUGUCGAGAUUGAAACUAGGAAAAGAUGACACAACCUUACCGCAGCUGGGGAAUGCUAUACCAGAUCAUCUACGAGAGUCUAUACUCCGUCUCGUAGAGUCUCAAGAGGAAGAAGCUGCAGCUCAGGAAGCCGCCAUAGCCGAGGCGCAUGCUUGGGUCACCCCUUCCGAUGGAGAAAGAGUGGGUUCUUUGACUGUGGGAAAUGGUGUCAGAUCAGGAUCAGGACGUCGGUCUGAAAUAUGGGUUGAAAAUACGACAUUAGGGGAUGAGACGGGUUUGGAGGAUGAUGCGGCCUUUGUGAUGAUGAUGGCCGCGAGUGGGGAAAGCAGUGAGCCGGACGAAACUUCGGGCAGUCAUAAGAUAACUCGAAAGCCCAGAAACGCUCCUACUACCCAGUACAACGUCGAUCAGCAGACUCGUCUCGAGUUGGCUUAUCUCACCAACCCUGCGCUCUUCGACAGAGACGCGAACACGAGACGCAGCGAGAAACGGAAGAAGCUAAAGGAAGAAACUGGACUGGAUGAUUCACAGUUGGAAGGGUGGAGGAUUCAUUUGGAGAGGAACCCACACAAAGAAGCCAUUCUCGCAAGACAUCAAUACAUUCCCAUACCCAAUAAUGCCUAUCUUCCCGAAGCUCCAGAGUCAUCAGCAUCGCAUAUCAGCGGGCGUGGUCGUGGAGGUGGAGGUGGAGGUGGUCGCGGUAGAUCGCGAGGUAGGGGACAUAGUUGGGGAGGCAGCACCGGUGGUCAUUUAGGAGACAUCAGUGACGGAGGAAGUCGGGGUGGCGGGAGUGGUAAUGAACGUGGCGGAGGUCGUGGACGUGUUGACACGGAGAAAGUAUUUACUCGUACUUGGCAAGAAACGAACGACAGGAUGUCUACUCAAAAUCAACUGGGUGAACUUGUACCUCUUUUGAGAACGGCCUUGAUGGCUCAUACAUCCAUUCCGGAGGUGCGAGAAGCUUGGAAUAGUCUCGAACCUGUGUUGGAAGCUUCUCUAGGUGAUUUGGCUCGUAAUGAUAGGAUAGAAGGAACAAACCCUGAGCCCGUUCCAUCUGUUUCUUCUGGAUUGGAACCAGUAUCUCCUCUUUUGUUAUCAGAACCUCAAGAUGAUCUAGAAUCUAAAGAAUCCACAAUUGAACGAACCUCACCUCCGAUCACUCCCGUCCCUGUACAAUCAAACCAAACUCCUGACAACCGGACCCAUCUCACAAUCCCUCUUCCAACUCACACUUUGAUCAUCUCUUCCAUUCAAAAUUCUCUCACACAUCUUUCAAACUUGACCAUCUCCUCUUCUCAAGCUAUCCAAAGACACGUGAUACCUCCUACUGGAUUACUAUCCGUUCAAGCAGGUUCUCCACUAUCACGUAUCAUCUCAAAACGUCCAUCUAUCCGUCUUUCCGAUGAAUGGGAACAAUCCGUUUUGGUUCCACAAGAUGGGUAUGACCAAGAUCAAGAUAGGAAUCAUGUAAUUGCUCAAGAUGGAUUUUCUCAAGGUUACCAAAGGAAUCAUGAUGAUGGGAAUGUAAUGGGUUUGACACGAGGAGAAAGGUUUGUGGAGGGUCUGAAAAGUAUCGUUGAAUGGACAUUGUCUUUGUCCAUCGGAGGAAUAUUGUUUUUCUUCGUCUUUGCGAGUUUAUGGAUUGUCACUAGGACUUGGGCGGUUGAAAAAGCUUUCGCAGCAGUAUUCUCGACUUUUUCACUCUUUUUCAUCCUCUUAUGGAUCUUGGUGAUACUUACCAAAGGUCCCAUCCGUCUUUUCCAUCGUCAUGGGUAUAUCAAUUCGGAACAUUCCGGAUCUCCCAUCCCAUCGAACCAUUUGAGCGGAGUGGAAGGCUCGAGUGAUCGUGGUGGACAAAGAGUUGGGGAGGGUGUGAUGGAGGGACGAGUAGUUAGAGAAGUAAUCCGGGAUGUGCAAGUGGAGGAAGGUGAGGGUAUUGGGCAGAAGGGAAAAUUUGGAGGAAGUGCGGGAAGUGGGAAAUUCCCACAGGGGAAAAACAGGAAUGAACAACCUGAACAAUGUGAGAAUGGGGAUGAAGGGAUGGAAGGUAGAGGUGAUAUUGUUUUACCCCCUUCUCCCCAGUUAGAAUUAGGCAAGGGCCAUUGA